AUGAUUGAUCGAUUUGUGGUGGUCUACCUGGAUGACAUACACAUUUUUUCCAAGAACCCUCAGGAGCACCAGCACCACGUCCAUCUCGUCCUUCAACAAUUACUGGAGAACCGCCUAUUUGUCAAAGCUGAAAAAUGUGAGUUUCAUUCCUCUUCAGUUGAGUUUCUCGGUUUUGUCAUUGAAAAGGGACAUAUCAAGGCUGACCCCAAGAAGGUGAAGGCGGUGGUGGAAUGGCCUCAACCCUCUACCCGUACCGAAUUAUGUCGUUUUCUGGGAUUCACUGGAUUCUACAGACGAUUUAUCAAAGAUAUCAGUAAAUUGGCCGCACCCCUUCAUGCACUUACAUCAACCAGCAUACCUUUUCAGUGGAACCGGGAAGCAGGUAUGGCAUUUUGGUGCCUGAAGAGGAGCUUCGUCUCAGCACCCAUCCUGGUGUACCCGGAUCAAGACUGA